AUGCACAGGUGUUACAGAUUGUUCAUCUUUUUGCUUCUGUUUGAAUACGUACAUCCCGCCGUGAUCAACACAACCGAUGGCCCGGACCGUCUAUACCGUUUCAAACGAAUAAUCGGUGGGAGCCCGGUUCGAAAAGGUACCUACCCAUGGGCUGUGUCAGUACAGGCCAAAAGGCAUUCCGGACUCGGGGCGCUAUUGAGACCGAAUAACGAACACUACUGCGGAGGAAACUUGGAGUACGAUAUUGCACUGUUCCAGCUCAAGGAAGCACCAGUAUUGCGGAAAAUCAAUGAUUUGGCUCCGCUAAGACUACCCGAUUCGCGUGCUGGUGAGAAAUGGCCAGCAGCUGGACAGACUUGCAUAGCUGUGGGAUGGGGCUGCAGCUUCGCCGAAGGACCACCCACAAUGAAAAUCCAGGCGAUUGAACUACCAGUACUCCCGCCAAACGUGUGCCGGAAAAUGUAUUCUGCCUAUAUUAACUUGACAACUAGUCACGAGUUUUGCGCUGGUUACCACAAAGGUAACCGUGGAAUAUGUCCGGGUGACAGUGGAGGCCCACUUGCCUGCCCCGCAGAAGACGGCUCCCUACAACUGGCCGGUAUUGUCUCAGCCACGCAUGCAAAGCAGCCAGCUGACUAUCCGGCUGUCUUCACUCGUGUGUCCUAUUUCAGUGACUGGAUCAGCCAAGUGAUCAAGAUGAAUCCACCAAAAAUAGAAAGAAAUAUAUUUUCCUUUAUACACGUGAAGAAUUGAUCCACCCUUCCACAAUCAUCAAAUCCAACAUCUCACUUGUACUGGGCAUAGAGUAUUCGGAUCUGAUCCCAAGUUCUACAUCAAUCACUUUGAACGAAUACAUAAUCACAUUUCUUGCCAUAGAAUGAUCAAAAUACACACAUCCCUGUCAAAACUAUGGUCC